GACUUGUGCCGCGUUAAUGCAACCUCAUAAUCACAUGAACCAGCACUAAUCAUCAUUAAAAUGUACGAACAUCUCGUUACAUCGCAAUUCAAAUACCAGACUCAACUGUACCUAGGGGCCACACUCAUGUGUAACUACAUUACCGAUCACACCCCCAUUUUGACGAGGACAGCCCACUAAAUUUAUUUCGGUGCUGCAAAACUGCAGGCCUAGACUAUUUAAAAAUCAAGAACCAAACGUAGCUAACGUUAGCACAGCCAAUGCACUUUCAUGCAACGACCAGCAACUUUGCGACACAAUCAAUCUUUAAGGCUUUUAACAACUCCCAUUAUUGAUGCGCUACUAGUCAACCUGAGACACAGCGACCCAUCACUUCCCAUUGGCUUUGGUAAAGCGUUACACCUGGCAAUGCGUGUCCCUCUCACCUGGCUAGUGCUGGCCCUGGCCGUCCUGUAUCCUGCUCCGACCGCCCGCUCAACCGUGGUGGACGACUUCAACAGUGUGGAGAAGUGCAAGGACUCGCUAUACAUGGGUACACCGCCGCGGGGCAUCCUCGGCAGCAACCUGAAGAAGAUCUGCCAACGCUACGCCGACAAGCCACGGUAUGUCACUCUCUACGACACCAAGAAACGCAUCCCGGUCUACUCUGCCUACACCUUCAAGAAGACAGAGGGAGACAGGCGGGUGGAUUAUCCAUGGAUGUACGAGCCUCAGCUUGCAGAGACAGAUGGCAAUGGGAACAUGAUGCCUUUCCCCACUGGAUAUUUGCACAUGAAGUUUGAAGACGGUCAGGCGGUUCUCGACGACUACUCAGACGUGGUACUCUACGAGCGAGGCCACUUGAAUCCAGACCAGCACCAGUCUCACCCCCACGACCGUGCCGCCACCUACACGCUGACCAACGUCGUGCCAGAAAUCCGCGAGUUCAACAUCGGCCCGUGGCGCGAGUACGAAGAGCGCAUCCGUAUUCGCCUCAACAACUACUGCCGCGGCACCGCCUUCAUCGUGACAGGAGUGACAACCAGGGGUAAUAUGAUCCGCCGCAACAAUCAAGACCGCGUCGCCAUCCCCGAAGACAUCUGGUCGGCCUACUGCUGCACCGAGUACGACCGCAACGCGCCCCACGAUGUCCGCAUACGCUUCCCCUCGCACGCCGCUCUGGCCAAGAACGCCAAGGAGGGUAACUCGGUUCAGGAGUACACCGUCAUGGAGCUGGAGAACUUCCUGAAGUACCACAUGGAGGUGGACCAAAACCUGCAGAUAUUCUAUGACAACUGCAUCUCGCCCUCUCCUCUUCCUCUCUACCUACAUCAUACCAUCUGACACGAGGAGCCGACCUCCGGGGGCAUGAAAAUACGCCGGGGUCGCCGUCCUCGGGGUCGAUGUUUCCCAUGACACAUAUGACCAUUUGUGUCUUCGUGUUUUUGUGGGAGUCAACUUCUCCCUCUGAAAUGUCUUUAUUAAUCUGGUUACUCAACGGGGUGAAAAUUGAGUUAUAGUUCACCAACCUGUUUGUAAGAAGGUGAAGGAGGAAUUGAUAAGCCCAAUGACUUCAUUAUAGCAGUUUGCAAAUGUUAAGAGAUAGAACGCUAUAACCCAACAAUCUGUAUGACGUUUCGUUCAAGCAUAACACGAUAGCUGAUCAUAUCUGAUUAUGUUAUGAAUGAAUAAAUAGGCUA